AUGCCCGACACUACACAUUGCAUAGACGCAUCUGCUCUACGCGACAUAGUCUGUGGCACCUUAAAGUGGGAUUCUAGGAACCAGGGUCUCAUCCCUUGCCACAUGAUCGAGGACCAUUUGUCAAGGGAGGAACAAUUCUUGUCGGCCAGGCUGCGGUUGGCUGUCCGCCCGCUCGGUGGAUUACGAGUCACAUUCGUAGACGAUGUCGCUCGUGCUGUAUGUGGGACUGUGGGUAAGCGAAGCCGUUCAUCUAUCGAAAGCCUUUUGAAUUGCGAAUCCAAUGCAGAUCCUGGUGGCAUACAUCAUAGCAGCCCCGGGGAAGAUUCUGGACGAGCCUUGAAGACCACUGCGCGGAGCCUCCACAGCCAAUCACUCCCCAGCGCGAACUACGGGAUAUGCGGCCGUAUGCUUGGUGACAGUCACACAUGA